GUAAUUCAUAAGAAUUUAGGGGGAUCUUUAGAAACUUUCAAAUUUAUUGGGGAGGUUUUGCGUUUUACACUUAAAAAAGUCCGAAAUCAUCGCGCUAUUCGUAACGCCGGACGAUUCAGCCCCGGAGAUCGGAAAAUAGAAAAAUCCGAGAAAAAGGUUUAGUAAUGGUGAGAUUAAGCAGAUUCCUGCUAAAAGACGCCGGAAACGUAAUCGACAAGACCCUCUCGGAGAUUCUGGUGUGCCCUCUCUCUAAGCAACCUUUAAGGUUUUGCGAGAAGACGAAAUCACUUGUCAGCGAUACUAUUGGUGUCUCUUUUCCUAUGAAAGAUGGGAUUCCAUGCUUGGUUCCAAAGGAUGGAAAAAUACUUGAGGAGGAAAGUGAGGCAUCAAAAGCUUAAUGACUUUUGCUUUUGCACCAUAAAAAAUUAUAAAAUAAUCAGAGUGAAAAGGUAAUAUAUAUAACUUGUAUUUGCAGCGACUUAUCAAUGGUUCUUUCUGUCUUCACAUUUUAGGCUUGUGAUCUCUUUUAAGUUUGAACUUUUUAUGGGAAACAUUGAUGUACGCAAUUGAAAGACAGUGUGGGAGUUGUAGUUUCAGGGGAAUGUAACUACCUUUUCUUCUUUUGUUUCUUGAAAUCUAGGAUUCUUAUUGACUGGAAUGAAAGUAAAAAAUCAUGAUUUAUAGUA